GGCAGCACCCAAUCAUAGUAUUUCUACCUAGCGUUUCCUUUGUGGUAAGCAGUUUAGUAUAGUUAAACGAGAUAAGGAAUGCGCUGCAGCUACCGAAUGAGGAGAUAGCGCCCAUGUCCAGUUUAAUGCUGUGGUUAAGAUAGUUGCCCGUCCAACAGCAUCUUAACUCAACCACAGUCAACAUCAAUCCACCAAUAUGUAAGACUAACACCACUUAUCUCGGUAGUAGCCCACAACUACCACGGCCCAAGACUAUCGUAAUUACGCUAGUAAUGGAGCCGUUUAUCUUUUAUGAAGAGUAUGCACUCGCUAUUUGUAAAACAUGUCAGUUUGCUGUGGUUAGUGACGAGUUAGCCACCCACCUACGGACACGCCACCGCCAUAUCCCACCGUCGACCCGUAGUAGCAUCGUCAAGGCCAUCUCUAGUAUAAUGGGCAUACGUACGAACCAGGCCAGUCUUGCGCAGCUGCAGUAUCCCGACCCAUCAACAGCCCCCAUCGACCAUCUUGCCGACCCACGCACGGACGGUAUCCGAUGUCACCGAUGCUCCUAUGUUUGUCGCCAAACUUAAAGGAUCCAGGAUCACUGCCGAAGAUAUCACGGGUGGGUAAACGACUGGAAGAAGGGCGGUAACGUAAGGGCGAGAUCUUGUUAGGAACGUAGUAUACCGUGGACGUCCGGGCGUGGCCAACCGCUAGACUAAGCGCCGGAGGCGGUCGCCGAGGAGGUAGCGUCACGGUAGGCCACCGAGCUACUCCGUUAAUUACGGUAGAACCAAGCCGAGCAGGUUAAGGCGAGCCAUGACGAUCUCAUCCGUGCUACCAACGACAAGCUCGAGCCGAACCCGUGGCUCUAGCGGGUGGGAUGGGCAGAGCAUCUGAGUGGACUACGCAUCAGCCAGCUCUACGAAACCACCGGCCCAAUCCAGGAGGCCGUGGAGGACGUGCUCCAUGUGAUAUGGACUUCGGUCAACGAGGUCUUGGAGUACGC